CACCUUCAUUCUUUCCACCUUCUUCUCUUACGGCACUCCAAGCUGACACUCGUUUCACCAAGCAGCAGUCCACUCCAUUCUCUUGACUCUACAACCUUUCGGUGUAUCAACAGCCAACAUGUUCUUCAAAAAGUCUACUGCUGCGGCCGCGGCUGCUCUUGCUGGAGUUGUCGUCGCCAUUAUUGACGGAGGCGCCUGCGCUCAGAAUCAAGUCAACGGUCUCCGUGAGCGCGACGAUGGAGACUGGACCACCGUAUCGCUUACCACUACCGUUUACGGCACCACUACCCAGACCGUCCAGUUGACUGCCGCUGAGGUGACCAGUACCUCUUGCUUGACCACCACCUAUGAGACUACUUUCAGCCCUGUCGAGACCGAGACUGGUUCCCCCGUUGAAGGCACGUACACGUCCAUUGCCAGUCCUGGGGGUGUCACUACCGAGACGUCUACCAGCGUGGCUUACGCCACAGAGACCUCCACCAUCGACACGUCCAGCGGUGAGACUUCCACCAGCGAAGCUCCCACUACCACCGACGUCACCAUUAUCGUCCCGGCCUCGACUGUUAUUGCCAACACUACCACUGACUUGAUCACCUCUCAUUUCACGGUCACUGUCAAGAGCGGCACCCUUACUUCCACCAUUUGGGCUACUGCUUCCGAGACCAUCAGCGUUACCAUUCCCAGCAGUGGCUUUCCCCUGCCGAGCUACAACUCCACGGCUACAACUGUGGCUAGAACCACGUAUACCAACACGACCACCGUUGUACCUGCCACCAGCUUCUUGUCAUCCUACACCUAUCUUUCCUCCGGCACUCCUGCCUCGGUCGGGUUUACCACUAGUACUGGCUACGGCAGCCCUGAGGCGUCUGCCCCCUUCACUGCUGGCGCUUCCGUCACGGAGGCCGGCAGUCUACUCGGUCUCUUUGGUUUUUUGAUGGCUCUGUUGGCAUAGAGUGGCGUCUUUCCUACCUCUUGAACAUUCCUUUUGGGGAAGCCAUGGAUAGUAUCACAAGGGUUAUGACAUCUUCCGUAUCUUAUGAUCAAGCUUGGCUUAACCCACGGGUAUUGGUAUUGCCAUCUGAGGUCUGGUGAUUUGGUUGGCAUGACUGUCAUGAUUUCAUUUGGAGGCCAUGUUAGUGACAUGGCCGCAUAGUUUUUCUCUUCUUCCACUCCUUUGUCUCAACUUUCCAAAAGAUUUUCAUGACUGUUAUGAUGUGGAUGCAUCAGAGUAUAAUCGGUAAUGACUUGUGGUAUCUCUGCAAGGCGGUGCGCAUGAGAUGCUGGAGACAAAUGAUCUCGGGGGCCUUGGGCAGGCUGAUGAUGAGUGGACAAAAGGGUACUGCAUGUACAAUAAGCCCUAGUAUGUUCGAGUCAAAGCAGUAACUCGACAUGAUUUCCAUCCUCUUGAA